AUGUCGGCAACAAACGUUCUCGGUCAAACUCUUCGCUCGUCUCGCAAUGUUGUUCAAAAAGCGUUUUCCACUGUUCCAAGCUCGGAAAUGUUGAGAUUCAGAUCACCGGUCCUUCAGACAAAUACCACCAAACUUGCCCGCUACGGAGGACGACACAACGUUGCAGUUUUGCCGGGAGACGGAAUUGGGCCGGAAAUGAUCCAACAUGUUGAGAGAAUUCUCACUGCUGUGCAAGCUCCUAUUGACUUUGAAAUUGUUAACUUGACAUCGAAAGAAGAUGCUCAAGAAGAUCUUGCCGAAGCGAUCACUGCUAUUCAAAGAAAUGGAGUAGCAUUGAAAGGAAACAUUGAAACCAAAUUCGAUAAUCCAAUGUUCGUUUCGAGAAACAUGGAGCUCCGCAGACAGCUCAACUUAUACGCCAACAUUCUCCACUGUACAACAAUCCCAACCAUCCCCAGCCGACAUAAGAACAUUGACAUGGUGAUUAUUCGUGAGAACACUGAGGGCGAAUAUUCAGGACAAGAACAUCAAGCAAUUUCAAAGAAGAAUUACCGAGUGGUUGAGAGUCUCAAGAUUGUCACACGCGAGAAAUGUGAGAAAAUCACUCGUUUCGCCUUCCAAUUUGCUAAAAAGUACGGUCGCAAGAAGGUCACUGCUGUUCACAAAGCCAACAUUCAAAAGCUUGGUGAUGGGCUUUUCUUAAAAGUCGCCACUGAUAUCGCGAAAAAUGAAUAUCCUGAUAUAGAGUUCAACGCCAUGAUCGUUGACAACGCUUCUAUGCAGUUGGUUUCACGACCACAACAGUUUGAUGUAAUGCUUAUGCCAAAUCUUUACGGUAAUAUUAUUUCAAAUAUUGCUUGCGGAUUGGUUGGAGGACCUGGAUUGGUCUCUGGAAUGAACAUCGGAGAUGAUUACGCCGUUUUUGAAACUGGAACCCGUAACACUGGAACCACUCUUGCUGGACAGGAUUUGGCGAAUCCAACCGCUUUCAUUCGUGCGUCUGUUGAUAUGCUCCGUUUCCUUGGUCUUCAGACCCACGCUGACAUAAUUUCGGAUUCGCUCUUUAGAACUUUGGUUGACAAGAAGAUUCAUACAAGAGACAUCGGAGGAGACCACAAGACAUCGGAACUUGUCAACUACGUUAUCGAAUUCAUCGACAAGGAGCUCGAGGACCGCAACUACCGUGUUUAA